UAUUUUCUCUUUGGCCAUUUGGAUAUGGCUGGCUUGUGAGUUGUGGAAAGCUGUCUGGAAAGGGGGAAAUAACGAACGAAGAGAAUAGUUUUGUGCUGAGUUGAGAAUCGUUUCCCCAAGAGCAGCCUGCAACCUAGAAGAAACCAUAGCGUCAGGCUGUCAUCAUGUCCGAUUUGCUAUCAUGGAGUACGCUUGUGCACGCAACGGCUGGAGCUGCGGGCAGCGUCACGGCAAUGACCACAUUCUUUCCUUUAGACACAGCGAGAACUAGACUGCAAGUGAAUCGCGAUACCCGCGUUUCGACCGUCACAAUUCUCAAGCAGCUCGUGGAACAGGAGGGAUGGGCCGCUCUCUAUCACGGCCUGCGACCGGUCCUUAUCAGCCUGUGCGUGUCAAACUUCGUCUAUUUCUACACGUUCAACGGUCUCAAGCUGGUGUUGAAGAGGAGGCAGAUCCAAUCGUCGCCGCUGAAAGACCUACUCAUGGCAGCGGCUGCCGGUGUGACCAACGUACUGAUGACCACGCCGUUGUGGGUGUGCAACAUGAGAAUACGACUGCAGGGUUCCAGCGCUACUGCCCGCCUGCCCAGAUCACCAUCAUCACCACAGCCCGCCCAGCGACCAUACACCGGUAUCAUAGACGCUCUCCAGCGUAUCAGCAGUGAAGAAGGUGUGCCGGGACUGUGGAGCGGCACGCUACCGUCUCUACUAUUGGUCUCAAACCCGGCCAUACAGUUCAUGGUGUAUGAGUCACUGAAGCGCCGCAUCUUUGCAGACAAACAGAGUGUAUCGUCAAUGCGUGUGUUUUUGAUCGGUGCCAUGGCCAAAGCUAUCGCUACAUUUGUUACCUACCCUCUUCAGUUGGCACAGUCACGGCUCAGAGCGCAGCAACGGACUAGCUCUACCGGUGGUCCGCAGUCACGCAGUCUUGGUGGCUUUCGGACUGUAGUGCACAACCUUGUGACGUGUCUCCGCGGUGUCUACAGGGAGUCUGGAAUGGCCGGCCUCUACAAAGGCAUUGAGAUCAAACUGCUUCAGACCGUGUCCAUGUCGGCACUGAUGUUUGUCGCCUACGAGAAGAUUGCCGCCAUUAUCUUCUACCUACUGCACACUGGUCCGAAUAGGCAUCCAACCACGGCCACCGAGCCACUGCGCUAUCUCUCCAUGUUGAUCCUGGCUGCAUACCUGACUGUUACACUGUAUCGUGCAAGCACGGACACAUGAGGAGAAGGUGA